ACAAAAAAUAACGGCAUCCUCUGUUUUUCCUCUGCUUCAUCUCUCUAAACUCCAUUAACAAUGACCUCCAUAACCUUGGAAGAGCUCCAUCUCUACCACUCCAUUGACAGAGAAAUCUUCUCCCGUUUGCUCCUCAAACUCUCCCGCGACGCCGCCGAGUCCCUCCUCGUCGUCUCCCUCUGGCUCUGGCUCGAAGAACAGGGCUUCACCAAUUUCAUUUUCAGAAUUAUGCCUCUCUCCAAUCCUCUGCUGAAUGCUUUAGCCAAUGAAGCUGUUCUCUGCCUUGGCUGUUUAGAUUCCAGCAAUCACGGCGGCCGGCCUCACCCCACCGUCCUUCCGAUCACCUCCACUGCGGCCGGAAAAGAAAUCCCGGUUCAGAUGUUUGUCCAAAACCGUUUCAGGGCGAUUAGCGGGGUGAAAUAUUUUCUCACCAAUGUCUGUGCUCGGGUUUUUGCUGACAUUUUGGAGGCUGUUUUAGGUGGAACCGACUCUCAAUCGAAUGAGGGGUUAAUAAUUGAUGGAUUCCCACAUCCGACUUUUGGUUCGAUUGCUGUUGUCCCCAAAUCUUUGGACCAUAAU